ACCCUCUCCCUGCGGAUCAGCCCGGUUAGCCCGGCAGACAGCGGGGUCUACAAGGCAGAGUUUGUGAACAUAUCACAGUCUGUUACCACCACUCUGUGCUUCCGCGUGUCGGUGUGGGAGCCCCUCCGCCAGCCACUCCUGGAGACGCUCAUCCUGCACCAGGAGCAGGGACGGUGCAACCUCUCGCUGCUCUGCACCGUGCCCAGUGCCAGCAACGUCUCCUACAGCUGGUCCUGCACUGGGGGUCCCACGGGAGCCCUGGAGCAGCAUCCCUGGCUGCAGCUGCAGGUGCAUGGGGACUCCGACCCCACCGUAUGCCACUGCAACGCCAGCAACCCGGUGAGCUGGGCCACGGCCAGCACCGACGUCACAGCAGUCUGCCGCGCUGCCACCGCAGGACUUUUCAGCAUCAUUCCAUUGUGGGCAGUGGCCGUGGUACUGUUGCUGGUCAUCGCAGCCCUGGUGGCUGCCUGCUACUGGUGGUGGAAGCAAAAGAAGAACACCCCAGGAGGUGUCGAGCAGAUGCUGACCAUCUACGAGGAGGUGGGCAAAGCCCAAACUGGCCAAGACCCUACCCAGAAUGGGACCAGUGAGGCCACUGUGGGAGGAAACACCAUCUACACCAUCAUCACCAAAACGCAGGGACCCAGCUGCCCUCAGGAGCCUGAAAGCUGCACCAUCUACUCCACGAUCCAGCCCAGCAGGAAGUUGGUCAACCGGGUGCCGGGUUCACCCUCCCAGCUCGUGCAUUGCCUAACGGCAGGUUCUUGCUCUGCUCCACAGGCGUCUUCUCUCAAGAAGAAGAGGCUGGACCCAGCUUUGGUUUCCACCGCCUACGUAGAGGUAACAAGCACUGGACCAGUGAUGAUGGAGAGGCGGCAGCCUGUUGGCGGGCAGUCCCUGCUGGGCUGCGGCCACUACCUGGGAGUGGGGCUAAAGCAGGAACCACAUCUCAGCCCCUCUGCAGCCCGAAACGCCGGGUCCCCGCGUUCCUGA